GAUCUGCCUGCCUCGGCCUCCCCAAGUGCUGGGAUGACAGGCGUGAGCCACCACACCUGGCCUCCAUUUUCCUUUGCAGUGCCUGUCAUCUGCGUUAUUAUCAAGGAGAUGUGUGUAUCUGGCCACUGCCUCUCCAUGAGCAACAGGAAUAUGUCUGUCUUGGUCCCUGCAGUAUCCUCAGCAUGCAGUAGAUAAGUCUUCAGUGCACAGUAGGCAUAGCCUCAGCACAUGACAAUCGUGUAAUCAACACAUAGUAGGUUUGCAGCACACAGUAGGUAAAUCCUAAGCACACAGUAGGUAAAUCCUCAGCACAGAGUAGGUAAAUCCUCAACACAUGACAAUCGUGUCAACACAUAGUAGGUGUGCAACACAGAAUAGGUAAAUCCUCAGCAUAUAACAGUCUUGUCAUCAACACAUGGUAGGUGUGCAGCACACAGUAGGCAUCUCCUCUGCACACAGUAGUUAAUCCUCAGCACAUGACAAUUGUGUCAUCAACACAUAGUAGGUGUGCAACACACAGUAGGUAAAUCCUCAGCACAUGACAAUCAUGUCAUCAACACAUAAUAGGUGAGAAGCACACAGUAGGCACUUCCUCAGCACACAGUAGGUCUGCAGUGGCCGCAUGAAUGGAGCCCUGGAGUUCUACUGGGUGGAGGUCUACUGGAUGGGGCAGUGCUGCAGCUGGGGGUGGAGGAACCUGAAGGAGCAGGCUGGGGGGCCCAUGAGGGGCCAUGGGACACCCACGGAGGGUGGGAAGCUGCUUAGAAGAGGCUGGAGCUCAGGGAGGGCCUGGGUGGAACUGUCACGGGGCGAGUGGGGAAACGGGCUGUGGGCCGAGACCCAAGGCUAUAAACUGGGAGGGGCCAUGAGCCCCGUCCGUGGGGAGCAGCGAUCCACAGCCGCCUCUGUGGAGCCCCAGGUGUCUCAGCCCUUCCACCCCGACGGGCCUCUCCAUUUGCCACCUCGCACAUCUGCAGCACCUUCUCUUCCAGGCCUCACAGGAACCCGGGUGGGAGACUGGGUUCUUCCCAUUUUCCAGAUGAGGAUGCUGAGGCCCCAAGUGGCACAUGGAGCCAGAGCUCAUGCCCAGGAUGGCGCCGUCCCCCCACGCCCAGGGGACCUCACAGCGCCAGUGACCCACAGGCCAGAUCAUUCCAGAGCUAAACAGGCAGAGACCAGGCCUGGAGCCUGCAGCCAGCCCAGGGCCGACGACACAGACCUGGAAGGUCCCCAGGCCCCUCCCCGAGCCUGCAAGCGCAUCUCUGCCCCAUCGAAGCUCAAACUCACCUCUCCUGGGAAGCCUCACCGGAUGUGCGCUCCGGGAGCUGCAGAGCUGAGGGGAGGAGUCCGCUGUGAAGUCCGCUUUGAAGUCUGCCGCAGGUCUGGGUCACCCCCCACCUUGUCUCCGGCUCCUGGGGCUCAGUCCAAGGCGUGGUGGCACCUGCCUGUGGUGCCAGCUGCUCGGGAGGCUGAGGCGGCGGAAUCGGCAGAAUCGCUGGAGCGAUUGGAGGCUGCAGUGAACCAUGAUCGCGUCAUUGCACGGCAGCCUGGGUGACAGAGCGAGACCCCAACUCUGAAACACAAAUAAACACUUCUAAAAAGGAAUAGUAAGUGGAACUAUCAACGUGGAGGGAGGCCUUGGUGCUGCAUCUCAUUCGAUUUUCACCUGCCCUCCCCAGGAGGGAGGGACUAGAAUGUCCCCGUUUCAGAGACGAGGAGACUGAGGCCAGAGAAGCCAGGUCAUUUGGCUGGUGCUGAGACCUGCCCGGGUUUCGGGAGAGCAGCCUGCAGCCCCCAGGGCCCCUGGCUGAUAUCUAACAGCUGGAGCCAGCCACCAGGCCCCAUGCCAGGGGGGCCUCCCGUCCCCACACUGUGCCAGGAAGCAUCUCUGGGAAAACUCGUCUUACAGAUUUGAUUUAAUCACCAAAUGCUGAUUUUUGCAAAGCAGGUCGUGACCCUGGUCAUUUUGUGAAAGUGAAUUGCCUGGGAAAAUGGAAAUUGUCACUUUAUUACAGGAUUAAAAAAAUUCAAUCCCAUUUGAAUAAAAUGGGAAAUAGGGCA